GUACCCUAUCUAUACAUAACUGUGGGCGCGGCUACAUCCGCGUACAGAUGGACACCGGACAUUCUGUCAUUGUCUUCUGUCCACCCUUUGACCUAAUCCAACAACAAUUUUGGCAGUGGUGAUUUUCGGACUCUGGUUUAGGAUUUCUCUUCUUUUUCGGCGGAAUCAGAAACCCUUUAAAACUGACAUGAGGUCUUGUGCAGUAUUUUCUUUCUUUCUAUCUGCAGUAGCUGCUGUUUUGUGGCCGGGAACAGCGUUUUGGAAAAAUAAUCAACCCUCUUUCACCAAAGUUUGCCUUUAUUCAACUGAUCCAAUAAAAUUCACGCCUAAAUGCAUACUUUGUCCAAACACACUUUAUCCUAUUGUGCUAACUACUUGCGUCAUGGGAACUGCAAUACCAUUGAAUGUAUCAUAUACGCAAGCCAACUGCAUUGUUGGAAACUGUGCGGUAAACAUGAAUCCUAAAAUUCAAAAAAUAAGAAGAGAAAUUGAUGAAACAGUUAAAGAACCUUCGGAAACCGAAUCGGAUGCUAGUGAGCUGUUUGGUAAUGACUUUCCUUCAGACUUUGUUGAAGAUUCUUUCAGAUCUGUGCCGUAUACGAUGUUGGUGGAUGGAUACAAUGUUACAAUCACGAAUGUUGAAGAAUAUUACGUCCAACCGGAUGAGCAACCCGAUGAAGAUUCUCUGGACGAUGAACUCGAAUGAGUCAAGAAUAAUUGCCAUGAAAUGUACUGACAAAGGACUGAUUUCGGAUUGUGAAUGGAACACGGAUCUGGUUUUCAAUGUACAGCUGAGCGUUCUAUUUAUCGCUGAUUCUUGUUGAUCUUUACAAAUUUUUAAGAAAUUUAUUGAAAAAAUUAAAAAAAAAAAAAAA